GUACUCCACUGUCGACUCUCCACUCCAGACCACAGACCUUUUGACAAGAUUGCGCCUUUCAUUCUAUCGAGGUCUCGUUCUAGCGCUGCCAAACGGAGAAGCUUCACAAAACACUUCUCUUCAAUUCAUCAAAUAAUACAUAUUUAAGUCAACAUAUUUAUUAUAUUUUAUGUUCAGUGCAAGUAAAUAACAUCAAAUGUUCUAAUUAACGUUCCAAAAGUGUUUCACAUCCAUUAAAUAAGCCUGAAGAAACUAGUAAAAAUUGCUCCCGAUCGGUGCAAUCAGCUUUCACAAAAAUGGUCUCCACAAGGCAGAUGACAAAUGUAGGGGGCUCCAGUCCAAGUUCGGAUGAAGCUGAAACCGGGACCAGACCCCCGCGACAUAAUUCUGUUAUAACAAUUGUUUCAAGUUCUUUGAUACAAAAUUCUGCAGCAGGUCCCUCUAAUGCAAUUUCUACAGUGUCAGCACCUCCUCCUCGAACAAUUAAUUUGCUUGAUUUGCCACAGGAGGUUAUUGAGAAAAUUCUUUCCUAUGUUGGAUAUAAGAAAGUUUCUCAAAUGCGUAUGGUGUGCCGUCAGAUGAACACGACAUGCUCCGCAAUCUUGAACUCUACAUUUUCUCGUCUUCAAACUCAAAUGCUUGUUAGAUUCCAAUCAAUCAAAUCUAAAAUGCCACGCAGAGAAUCUGCAAGGCGCAAUCAUCCUCUCGCUUGUGAAAGCGAUAUCAUUGAAACGCUUCAUAUGCGAUUGACAUUGCUUCAAAUGACUUUUGGUAAACAUAUAGAACGUAGACAUUGCUGCUUCUUUCCAGGAGAGAUUCUGGAUGAGGUGUACAGGAUAUUGCACUACAUUCGUGUAACUCAGAAGCUUGCACGUCCUUACAAAGUAACUGAUGAAUUAUUUGAUCUGAGCACUAUGGCCAUGGAGUAUUUUAAAGAGCGAAUUGAGCCUGCCCUGCCAGAAAUAGCAUAUUUUGGAACAGAUUUUCUGGAUUUCACAGGUACAUUUACAGGUGGAUCAGUUAGCAAUUCCUAUCUCUGUCUGUCUUCUGAGCAAUCACCUGUGCAUUCUCAUGAUUCGUCACCACCGCAUGAUGGGUGCGCUUCAAAACAGGGUUCUCCUUGUUCGCCGGACCCCCACGAUCCGCGGGAAAUGGUGGAUCAGAGGGCUAGUUCGGGUUCUAGGCGUACUCUUCCACGUACUAAUAUGGUGCUGAGAAACCGUAUACACAAGAUUAAACAGGGGAUGAAAAGAUACAACAGUCAACUAACCCUAUUGCGCAAUGAGUUACGCAGCUGUAAACGAAAAACGGCUGAACAACAGCGUCAGAUAUCAGAACAGCAAAAGCAACUUGCUGAGCAACAAAAACAGACACUUGAAUACGCAACACGGCUUGAUGAAAAUGAUAAGAAAAAUGAAGAGACGUCGCGGAAAUUUUCUACUCUGCUGCAGGAGCUUAACAAAUGCAAAACUGAACUUCAAUAUUGGAAAUCGAAUAGCCCGGCUAAUCCACCAUUCUGUAAAACCUGUGGAACAAAUGUAUUAUUGAACUCGGAUGAGUUGAAAGCUCUUGUAAACCAAGGUGUAAAGCCUGAGGAUGUAGGUUUAGAUUUCAGUCGUGAUUCUAAUGAUUCAGUGUUUGAAAACACCUCUAAAUUGCCAGAAGAAAAUUUAGAGGAAGAUAAACAGAAGGAGGUGAUUUUAAAUACAAUAGAACAUUUGCCAAGUAGUGCUGCAGAAACAAAAACAUUGAAAUCGGUUGAAGCUAAAGUUGAAGACCAAGAUAUUGACUGUUCAAUUUCCAGUAGUAGCAAAGCCACUGAUGCUGUCGUUACAAAUUCACCCAAGGCUUCUAAAAGAAAAAUCGAAGAGGCGUCCGCUGGCUCUCUGGGAGAAGGUGCUUUAGCAAAGAAAUCACGAAGGAGCUUGAAGUCGCGUUGUGUUAAGGUCAGAACAGGAAAAUAAGCUAGUAUUAAUGUUGAGAUUAACUUGAAUAUUAUUUUUUUAUCUCAUGAAUUAAGACCAGUGACUAAUAGAAUUUCUAACAUUAACUUAAAUUUUAUUAAUAAACUAUAUGUAGGAAUGAAUAACGAAUGUGUGCUUGAUGUAUCUGCAACGAAAGAAUGGGAAUAUUAUAAUGUUAUAUCAAAGCACAGAGACAGAAAUCAUUACAUUUUAUCAUAACAUCUGGUAUAUUAUUCUGUUUCUUUUAUUUAUGUGAUAUGCAAGAAUAUUGUCAUAAAAAUGAUAUAAAUAUCAAAAAAGAAUAUAGUUUUGGAAAUGACUGUUUUCACUCAAAUUAUAAAACUAAAAAAAACAUAUGUAUUAUAUGAAUAUUACAAAAUUUAACAAUUUUAUAUAUAUUUAUAAGUAUGACUACAAAAACUAAUUAAGCUUAAAAUUGCAAUAUAGAUCAGGUCGUACGCUAAAGAGUACUCAUUAAUAUAAUUUUGAUUAUCACUUUAAUUUUAUAAAGUUUCAUGUACAUAAAUGUGUGUUAUAACCCAAACUACAAAGUACAUACAAAUUUAGAAAUUAGAUAUUAAGUACAAGAAAAUCUAGUUAUAAUAUUAUCAGAGUUUAGUUUGAAUAUUAUUGUCAAAGUUUCAUGCAUUUUUUUCCUCUGUUUAUUAUAAUAUACAAAAUUGAAUGAGUAAACAAGGAGGAACGCAUGGAUCUCAAGGCGGUUGCUAUAUUUUACAAGUACUAAUUAGCUAAUUUAAAAAAGGAUUUAAAUUUAUUUUAUAUUUAGUUAUCCUGCCAUUAUUAUAUCAGAUGGAUAUCAGGAAGCCCAGUGUUUCUUUAAUUGUAUAUAUAAUAUGUUGAAAUAUGCUUAAUGCUAAAAAUUUAUAUUACCUACUCUCUUACACGACUUUUGUAUCUACCUAUAUUGAUAUGUUAUGAAUAAUCAGGACUGUUGUUCACGGUUGUUGAUUUUAUAAUUGUCAAUGUUUUACCUUUUUUGUAAC